AUGGAAAAAGAAAAAUCUCAAGCCACGGGUGGUUCCGAUACAACUACAACUACAACUACGACGAUUACUACUACUACUGUUUUAGGAGCGCAUGCAAGAGUGGUUUCUCAAGGUCCCGUUACCAUUACAACCACUCAAAAAGAUAUCACCCGAGAACCAACAUCACGUUUUAAAAGAAUGUUAGAGCCUAAUUUUAAAAUCGGACCUAUUCUUCAAUGCACCAACAGCGUCAACAUCAACAUAGAAAGAAAAGGAAACAAGGAGCUAGACGAGUUGCAAAAAUUGAUCGCAGAGUUUAACACUAAAGUUGUACGCCCUCCUCUAUGGCGAACUCUUGAGCAUAAGAUGAUCGUGGCAGAUUUGAGAGAAAUGCUGGCCGAUAUCGAUCAAGAUUUACUUCAACGAGAGCAAUUUCCCAGCAGAAUGAUAAAGCGAAUCAAAUAUCAUCGCAAGGGAGAUCUGUUGAGCGAUGGUAGUGUAGCUCUUCAUGCCAGAGCUAUCCUUCCCUGUUCCUUCUAUUCAGAAGUAGAAGCUCAGUUCCACAAGCCUGAAUUCUAUAAAGAAAAUCUCAUGCUCUAUAACUACAAGGGUCUUUACGAGCAAGAAUUCUGUGAUAUCAAGGAUCUCAUGGUCACCAUUGCCUGCCGCUGGGAUAGCAUACGCCCUUCUAUCAAAGAAGCUAUUAUAUACUGGGGCGUUCAACAUCCCCAAAUGCGCAUGGAAUUUGAAGAGCAGAAGAAUUAUAGAAAAUACGAAAAAAUGCCGGGGGAAGAUGACAUGGUUCUUCCUUUAAAGGAUGCCAAUCAAGAAGAGUAUUACAAAAUGAGCACCUUAUUUUACAGACGUAACACUCCGCGCAGAGCUGCAUCCUUGAGUGAAUUUAAAUCCUAUCACGCCCAGAUGCACUGGCUGAUGCUAAAGCUGAUGUUAGAUCUAGAUGAACGCAUACCACGCUUCUAUGAUUCAGAAAUUAAAGAAUCUUGGAAAAAAGAAGCGAUUUAUUUAGCAAAACAACGUGCCAUCCCUCUACGUCUUAAGCGUAUUCCACCUUUUGUCUAUGGCGAUUCUACCAUCCUGUGUCCCAACAAUGUCCAGAAUUCGCGUUACAAGCAUCAAAAAUUCCAACCCGGCACCCGUUGUUAUUCAUGCCCUGCCUGUGUAUUCGAAGAAGAAACAAGACGAUGUCGCCAAUGCACGUCCAGCCCGGGGUUCGGAGAACAUCCUUUAUAUCAAAUAUGGCGCAUCGAACAAGUGGCCAACGGACUGAUGGAAGCACAUCCGCAAGAUGAUUUCGUCUGUUUUGAAUGCAUGGAACCUAUACGCAUCGUGUUGCGGCGUAAUGUCCUUUUCCAAGACGAAUCGCGUUUUGGCAGCAAUCUUUGGAAUGUCAUCUUGGAAGCCGAACUGGAGGAAUAA